AGAAGCGACAGACAGAUACAGACUCCUCUUUAAACUGUCUGUCCGUGGCGGGAGCGGGAGUCUUCGUCACUCUGUUCGGAUCAGCUUCGACACACGACCCGGCGGACCGACAGGUCACACUGCAGUGAUGUCAUCGCUCCUCCUCCUCCUCCUCUUCCUCCUCCCCUUCCUCAUCAUCACCCCCGCCUUGACGCUGGAGUUUCGUUACCACGACAACAGUGAGAUCGAGCAGUACCUCCUCCAGAUCAACGCCUCCAACCCUGACAUCACACACCUGUACAGCAUCGGCCGGUCCGUCAGAGGUCAGCAGCUGUGGGUGUUGGCUGUGGGUCGCAGUCCACGCCGUCACACCGUCGGCAUCCCAGAGUUCAAAUAUGUGGCUAACAUGCAUGGAAACGAGGUUCUCGGCCGAGUGCUCCUGCUCCAGCUAAUUGACGAACUGGUGCACCGUUACCGUGACAACGAAACCUGGGCGUCGCAGUUACUGAACAGCACCCGCAUCCACAUCCUGCCGACGAUGAACCCUGAUGGCUUCGAUGACGCCGGCACACACUGCCAGUACAGCCAGGGCAGGUUCAAUUAUAACGGCGUCGACCUGAACAGGAACUUUCCCGAUGCGUUCGCUGGUCUGCGAAGGCAACAGCAGGUUGACGAGGAGAAGAGGGAGGCAGAGGUCAGGGCUGUGAUUGGCUGGUUGAGGACUGAGAGUUUCGUCCUCUCAGCGAAUCUUCAUGGAGGAGCGCUGGUGGCCAGUUAUCCGUACGACAACAGCAACUCAGGCAGCGAGCUGGUGGGCGGAGCCAGCGUCACCCCCGACAACGACGUGUUCAUUCACCUGGCCAAGGUGUACUCCCACAGCCACGGCUCCAUGCACCGGGACGAGCGCUGCGACGACAGCGCGUCGUUCCUCGACGGCAUCACCAACGGAUACCAGUGGUAUCCUCUGGCAGGUGGGAUGCAGGACUAUAACUAUGUGUGGGCUCAGUGUUUGGAGUUGACUCUGGAGGUUUCCUGCUGCAAGUUUCCUCCAGUCAGAGAACUUCCUGCUCUGUGGACCCAGAACAGGGGGGCGCUGCUGGCAUUCAUCCACCAGGUCCACCUGGGGGUCAAAGGUCGUGUGUUUGACAGUUCUGGCGUGCCGGUGCAGAAUGCAGUGGUGGAGGUCAAAGGUCGCAGGAACAUGUGUCCGUUCAGAACCGACCGACAUGGAGAAUACUACAGACUGCUGCUGCCGGGCAACUACAGCUUCACAGUGACGUACCCGGGUCAUGAGGUUUUGACGGAGACACUGAGCGUCCCGUAUGGUCCUAGCCUCUACUCCGCCAUGAAACACGACUUCCUGUUACAACGCACCCCGACUAACCCCACUCAAACUAACCUCACCCAAACUAACCCCUCCCAAACUAACCCCACCCCUACCUGUAACUACACGUUACACGCUGAGGGAGGCGGAGCCAUCACCAGGCCCACGUGGACAGGCGUAGUCGUGGCGCUCUGGUUUGUGGCGGCGCUCCGAUCCGUGACGGACUGAAGUGGCCUGGCGCACGGCGUGACCUCUGGUCAGCAGAAGGUCGCAGGUUCAGUUCCAGCAGCAACACCUGACAGGUGUGCUGGAGAGUUUAUGAGCAACGCUGAACCCUCGACCUGCAAGAAAACAAAACAGAACAAGAACACGUCGUCCUCCAGAGGUUUCUACAGAGACGUUUUGACGCCAGGAUUUUGGGUUUACCGCCAAAAAGUCUCCUUUGAGAACAAAGGGUUGGCGCGUAAAGCCCUGGUCAAAGCAUCAUCACAUCCUCGCAAAACAGAGCGAACAGGCCUUUUUCACUGGGGGCCAUUUUGGGUCGUUGCAGCAGGAAAAGUACAGGUGUAAAUAAACAAGACCAGGUCCAGACCCAGUCCUGACCACCUCUGGUCAAAUCCUGAUUUUAUAACUGUGACGUCGUCUGACAAAAUCACCAAACACAUAAAUGAAAGACAACAGCUUUUAUUUACUUCAGCUUUACUACGGCUUUAUUUACUGUUUGAUAUGUAGAUUUGGUCGUAGUCGUUAGUACGAAGCCUCGUUACCGAUGACUACUCUCUCUCCCCCCUUUAGUAAUAACGACACAUGGAAUCAAAGUAGGUUAUUUGCUGUAAUGGAGGCGAGGCUCAGUGUAUUUGAAGUGCUCCUCCUCUUCACUGCAGUUCCCGAGCAGCAGGGAAAACCAGAGCGGCUCGAUAGACUGCGACUGACCAGUGGUGGAAAUAUAAUCACUCAGUCAGUCAGAGACAUUCAUGAUCACAGGGCUGCUGAUGCGUUCCAGCCAAAAAUAAUGCUUCAGUUUCAGGCUCCUUCAGGGACAGAAACAGAGCGAUAGUUAACGUUUCUAAUAACACCUGUGCUUUCCCUCCUGUUAUAGGUCAGAAUAUCUGGUGUAAACAAACUACAGAAGCUAGUUAACUUAGUCACUAACCAGACAAUAAGUUGACAGUUUAUACAUUCAAACUAUCCGUUUAUACGGGGACGGGAUAUAAAAGUCGAUGCCUUUAGGAUAUACUGUAAUAGCUUCCUCUGUUUUCGACUAUCAGACUCUUUGUUUCCUCCACGGCGGGAAUUCUCGUGUCCAAGGUUCAACAAAGUUGCACUUGACACUGAACGUUUGCACAGAUUCAUUCACCCCAGAAUCUGAUUCACGUGUUGCAGUCAUUGCAGUGAAAUAUGUUUAUUUUGCUGCAGAACUUCGCAGUUUUAAACGCUGCUGUGACUAAAGGGCCUUAUAGUGAUUCUCUCUGAGCCUUAUUCCUCAUGGAGAAAUGAUUUUGAAAACCUCCUGAGAAGUGAAAAUACGUACUGAACAAAUGUGGGAAAAUAUUUAUUAAUUUUACAUUUCUGAAAAAGAGAAAAAUCUUGAAAAAUCUCACAACGAAAAUGUGCAUUUUAAGGGAAAAGACAGAGGAAGAGAGAGAAAGAUGCAACAAUAAUAGAAACACAAAGUGCAACUACACUGUCUUUUUCCUUUUUCACCCUCACAGGAUCAAACAGGUUUUAAUUUUGGUUUUCUUCCUCAAAAGGCAGCUGGAAGUUCACUGUAUUUAAAGGGUCAUGGGAGGAAAACGCUCCACUGCCUGAGGAUUUUAUCUUGAGAUAACAAGAAGUCUUCCCUGCUGAGAUGUAACAGCAUGUGAAGGAGCGAUAAGGUUCAUUAGGUUUGGUGGAGCUGGGCUGUAAUUUUAUAUUACAGCGAGGAGGAGCACUUUAAAAUGAGCACCUUCAGGGACAGGAAGCUGUUUUUAGAGAGGCUCGUAUUUAAACCAGAGAAAAGGACGUAACCAUCCUCCAGGAGGGGAAAUUAUAAAGACACAGGAAGCGAUCCUGGUGACGCCACACAUUACACUUCUGUCUGAACUCACUGAGGUGCGUUUGAUUUAUGUCACUAAAGAAUCGUUCAUCAUUUCUGCUUAUUUCAUCGCAUUCAUAUCCUACAGGACAAUUUAGUCCAGUGACUUAGCUUAGCUUGAGACUCCAUAGGGUCACAAAAUCAGUCUGAAGGUUAAUAAGAUAGGAAAUAAUAAAAUAAUCACAUUUCUUUAAUUUUCUUUAGGUUUUUACUUAAUUUCUUUUUUAGUUUUACGUCUUCAGGCCUCAUUUACGCACUUUACCUCAAAAACAAAGCAGCCUCAGCUUGUGUUUCUCUGUAGCUUCUCAACAGUAGAGGAAGUUUUACUUCUUCUACAUCUGCUUCAAAACCAACUCAACUUUAUAUUGGUAGAAAUCAACAAAAUACUCAAGUGACUUUAGAGAUAUAAAACAUGAAAUACACAAGCACAAACGUAAACAUACAAAACAAAUCAGACAAAUAAAUGAUAAUAUAACUAAGGUUUAUUUAUAGAGUAUAAAAUAAAAAUAAGAGGUAACAAUGUGCUUCACAACGAUAAAAUAACAAAACAAACAACAAAUACAUUCAAACAAAUUUCUCAAGAUAAAUAAUAAAAACAAUAAAAAUAGAAACACAAGUAAUAAAUGUAAAAAUAUGUGAAAUAUAUCAAAUGAGUAAAUAAACAAGCAACGAAAUAAUAAAAUAAGUGUUAUAAUGUGAAAUCAAAUGUUAUAUGAAUUGAUAUUAAAUUCAUAUAAAUUAUUUAUAUAAAUUAUAUAGAUUUACACUUUAAACUUUAAACUGAGUAAGAUUAAAAAUAACUCAAAAGCACCACCUGGUGGUGGAAGCUGUGCAGCACAUCCACAAACAUUGUCAACCUUGAAGUAACAAACGUGUUGUUACGUGUCAUUACCUGGUUAUAAAGCACAAUUACAAAUAAACCUGUCGACUGAAUUAUGCAAAAUAAAUAAAUAGAUAAACUUUCCAAAACAAGUAUGUGUUGAUUUAAAGGGUCUCAAGCCAAAAUGGGCUGGAAUCACUGGUUUAAAUGAAAAAGACUGGGAAUCAAACCUGUGAGCUCCAUCUGUCUCUUCAGCCACAGCGCAGUAUAUUUUUAUAAACAGCAUAAAGACUAAUGUGUUUCAAGUUCACAGCAGCUCCAAUAACCAAACAACAGGUGUGAUUGUUUUAACACAGCGAACUUCCUCACAUCGUCCUGCUCAGCAUCAGUCUGCAGCUCAGACUCAACGCAGUCGUCUCCAGGACUGAAACUCAGACGCCUUCUGCACAUUUUCCUCUCAUUUAAACUUUAUUUUUGCCAAGUAUCAGGUUUUUAUACUUUUGUACUGUUUGAUAUUAAAUGCUGUUCCAUAAAAAAAAA